AUGUUUAAUCCUGAAGUAAGUGACCCUUAUGCACUUCUAAAGGCCGCACUCUUGAAGAAAAGCGAUCUCACAGAUCGCCAACGUCUAGACGAAUUGCUUCGUAACAUCGAGCUAGGCAGCCACUCAGCUACUGAAGUCCUCGCACGCAUGCGAGAAGUAAUCGGUGCACGAACAUUUGACGAUGGUUUCUUCCGAGAACUAUUUCUCUCGAAACUACCACAACCGGUGCAAACCGUGUUGGUGACACUCCAGUCAGUCCCACUCGACGACCUGGCAGCCUCAGCAGAUAAAAUACUGGAGAUAUCCAGCAGACCCGUCUCCAACGUAUAUUCUAUCUGCGACAAACCAGAGCGCCAGGAUUCGGAGGUGACCAAGUUGUGCAACUCUGUGAAACGGUUGCUACGAUCUCGAAGUCCUAGAUCACGUAGCACUUCACAGAAACGCACCUUGGCGCAUCGCAGCAAGUCGCGUGGUAGCCCUAA